UUUUAUUAUUUUAUUUUAAUUUAUUCUGUUAAGUUUUGUUAAAAUUUUAAAAUAUUUUCAAAUUUCACUAAAUAAUGCCAACUAUUACUAAAUUGUGUAAAUAAUGUCAAAUAAUUUUAAAGGGUGUAACAUAUAAUAUUAAAUUCUGUAACAUAUAAUAUUAAAUUCUGUAACAUAUAAUGUUGAAUGGCUAUGAUUGCAGUUGUACUCGACUUACGGCGUCUGCAACGGACAUAGCAUCAAAAAGUAGCUCUCAUUCACUCUGGUUCACACUAGACGACUUUGACAUCGGCGGUGUUCUGGGUGAUGGAGCGCAUGGUAGAGUAUUUUUAGCAAGGGAACGCAGAACUGGUUUUAUCUGCGUUUUAAAAUGUAUUUCAAAAGCACAACUCGUCGGAACUGGUCAGGAAUCGAUGUUUAAGCGUGAAAUAGAACUACAUUCUCACUUAAGACAUCCAAACAUUUCAUGUCUGUAUACUUGGUUCACCACAAAGACCAUGAUUUUUAUGGUGAUUGAGUACUGCCACAAUGGAGACCUUUUCAGUUACUUAAUGAGGAAGAAGCGCAUACCCGAAAAGGAAGUGUGUGAGAUUAUGUUCCAAGUCAUCUGGGCUCUCAGAACGUGUCAUGAUAAGCACAUUGCUCAUCUCGAUAUUAAGCCUGAAAAUAUCCUUCUAGACCAAAACAACGUCGUUAAACUCGCUGAUUUCGGACUAUCCGCCCAUAUCAACUUUUCCAACCCCUCAAAUGGAUUAAAUAAUUCUAACGGAGAUGACAGUUCUAAUGGAAUUAAUUCUCAUGGGUUAAAUACUACCAACGGAAUCAAUAAUACGCACGACCCAGUUGUUGGAAUGAAUGAAGGAAGUGAAAAGUUGAAUGGAAAUUUGAAUUUUUUAAGAGGGACGUAUGAUUACUGGUCACCAGAGCAAUGUACGUAUAAAUACAAUAGUUCAAAGAGAUUUGGAGAAUUCGGACCGAAAACAGAUAUUUGGACUAUUGGUGUACUAGCGUUUGAACUUUUUUUUGGUCUUUCACCCUUUGGAUCAACUACUGAAGAACGGUUAGAUACUGUUUUGGACCGUAUUCAAACCCUUGAGUGGUAUGAGUUUUGGCAAAAAAAGUAUAAAAACCUUUACUUGAACGAGAUGUCGCGUGAGUUUCGAGACUUUCUCGACAAGUGCUUCAUUAAGCAGUCGCAUCUUAGACCUGACGCUUCACAACUACUUCAGCAUCCCUGGAUUAAACUGUACAAUAGUCAUAGAUUCACUGAUUCCACCUUUCUCAAUCAGCCCAGACCGUAAUCUCAUCUGUAUAGAGUCUGGACUGUAGAGUUUUUUGUGGAACUAUUUGUAAACUUAAACACCAACCGUAUAAAAAAUGUAUAGUGUUUUGUAACUCUAAAACUUCACCUGUAUUGUAAAUUGUAACGAUAAAACUUCAACCGCAUUGUAAAUUGUAUGGAAUUAUUUGUAAUUGUCAACACAUUUUGUAAUUGUGUAUAGACUUUGUAACCAUAGAAAUGUUUUGUAACAUACUGUAAUAUACUGAUACUCAGUGUUAUAUACAUAGAUUAUGGUAAAUAGACAAAAAUUAAGAUAAUAGAGUGUUAGUCG